AUGACCUUGGUACAGGUCCGUGAGCCCAAUUUGGAAGGAGAAUAUGACACCUUCCUUGAGGAAGUGCAGUGUGCUCUGUCCGAAGUGCCGAAUACACAGUCCCUCAUACUGAUGGGCGAUUUUCAUGCGCACGUUGGAGCAGACGCUGAAAAGUGGAACGGCGUGAUUCGAAAGAACGGCCCUAACGACCUCAACAAUAACGGCAUGAAGUUGUUGCGGUUCUGUGUAAACAACGGAUUGUCCAUUAUGAACACCUUCUUCGAGCAUCGAAAAGUGCAUCAGCACACCUGA